AACCAUAUCUUCACAAGUAAAAAAAAUUAUUCGAACAUUUUUUCAAUCUAUUAAUAUAAAAUGUUUCUUAACUUAAUUAUUUUUUUCCUACUGGCUGAAACCUUCAUCCAAGUGGCUAAAGCUGAUCGUUGUCCAACACCGCAAGUAGAAUUUGUAGAUUUAGACAAAUACGCCGGAGUAUGGUAUCAUUACGCACAAAGCAGCAAUAAGUUCGAGAACACUGGGAAAUACUCAAAAUUCGAAUGGAGUAAACCCAACGAAGGAGGAAAUUCAACCGUCAUUAUAACCGAAAUUUCAAAAGUGACUUGUGAAGAAUCAAAAGUGCCAGCAAUUGGGUAUAACGAAGGAGAUAAAGUAAUUAAUGAAGUAUAUGUACCAAUUGUCGGUACCAUAAGAACAGACCCAUGGGUUCUUGCGACAGAUUAUGAAAAUUAUUCAAUUUUUUAUGCUUGUAAAAACGUCGGAGACAAACAAGAAAUUAAUGCGGGGAUCUUUACAAGAAGUCCAUGUCCCUAUUUAAAUAUAUUUUUAAUUGCUAAAAGAGUUUACGAUUUUUACAGCAUAGAAAUGCCUAAAAUGAUAAGAGUUGAACAAGAAUGUGAUUAAUAUUUUGACAAAAAUAUAUAGUCAAAAAUAAAAACAUUUAUCAUCGAAGCUGUAUAUUAACUAAUUUUGUUGAUUGAAAUAAACAAUCGAUAAGAUCAAUAAAAAAAUAAUAAGUGAAAAA